AUGGAACAAAGACUCUCCGCAAUUGAGUACCGGACUGCAUGUCUCAACAAAUUUCUAAAUCAGCCAGAAGCAUCGCCAUCAGAAUAUGCAAGAGCUAACAAGGAGCUUCGGAAGCUAAGUAGUUCUGUGGACCUUAUUAAUGAAUUGAGGACCAAACAGAAGGAAAUUGAUGGCUUGAAGUCACUAAUGACGGAAUGUUCUGAGGAUAAAGACAUGCUAAAUAUGGCUACAGAGGAAAUGGGUCAGGCCAUAGAAGAAGAAAGAAGACUGCAAAAUUUGCUGCUGAAGUCAUUACUUCCUAAGGAUGAUGCUAAUGGAAGAGAUUGCAUUUUGGAGGUACGAGCAGGCACUGGAGGGGAGGAGGCUUCCCUGUUUGCAAUGGAUAUCUUUAGAAUGUAUGAGAAGUAUGCUCUCAAGAAAGGCUGGAAAUUUGAAGUAGUAGAUAUAGCUCAAUCUGAUCUGAAAGGUUACAAGGAGGCUAGUGCAGCAAUUGCAGGAGUUGGUGUUUAUGGGAAACUAAAAUUUGAGAGUGGAAUCCAUCGUGUCCAGCGAGUUCCUGUGACAGAAAAGUCAGGACGAAUUCAUACCAGUGCUGUUUCUGUUGCUAUUCUUCCUCAGGCUGAUGAGGUAGAUGUUCAAUUGAAGAAUGAAGACAUAAGAAUCGACACCUAUAGAUCUGGUGGUUCAGGUGGUCAGCAUGCAAAUACAACAAACAGUGCUGUUAGAGUAACCCACAUUCCAACAGGGAUUAUGAUUACUAUACAAGAUGAGCGGUCUCAACAUAUGAACAAGGCCAAAGCUCUCAAGGUACUCUGUGCAAAACUAUAUGAAAUGGAAAGGCUAAGACUUCAUAGAAGUCGAUCAACUCUUCGAUCUGAGCAGAUUGGUAGUGGGGACAGAUCUGAGCGCAUCAGAACAUACAAUUUUCCUCAGGGCCGGGUAACUGAUCACAGAGUUGGUAUCACUUAUCACUCGGUCGAUGAUGUGAUGCAAGGUGAAAAUCUUGACGUCUUCAUCGAUGCCCUUCUAUUGCAUGAAGAAAUGGAUGCAAUUGCAACUUUUAGUUCGUCUCAGUAAAACAAGCGGAUUCAAGUUUUCUGCAUUAUUACUAUCUUAUUAGUAUCAUUUGCUUCUGAAAAAAAGAACUUUCGUAUUUUUCCUUGAUGCAAGGUAGAGGAAUAAGUCGAGAUAAUAUAUAUAACUUACAAGAGAGGCUUGAGAGAUGGUAAAACAUGAAAUGUUAAUGACCUUUAUUUUUGUUUUUGCAUUGGUUGACCUAAGUGAGCUUUCUCGUGUCUUAAAUUUUUUAAUUCCUAACAUAAGAGUUAGUGGGACCAAUCUGCAUAAUUUGUUCUCCUUGGAAUGGCUGUUUUAACUAUGGAAGUUGCUUCAUUCUUAGGCAGUUAGACCAUGCUCGGUGGACAGGAAUGUCACCUUUCUCUUGUUUCGUUCCUCUUAACACUGUUGAACCCCUCACCCAGCUACUACCUCGUACGAUAUAAUGAGUGGAUCCUGUCACUGCUCCAAGUAGCUGUCAGGUACGACUGUUAGUUUUUUCCUUCACUUCCUUACGACUAGGAAAUGUUGAUAGAGUGGAAGAAAGGAUGAGAUACAGAAACAAAAAUUCGAACUAAUUAUCCAAGGAAAAUAUGUAGAUACAAUGUAAAAUGAGUGUAAGAAAGUAAAUGUAUAAUACUCCAAAUCUAUGUUAAUAAAAGAAAAACAACACCUGUUGUAGUGUAAUAAUUCAUUUCGAUAUAAUUAAAUGUA